AUGGGCCAAAGCCCAAUUGCAUUGCCCACAGCCUACCACAGCCCUAGAUGCGUGCCUGCGUGCUUUCCCAUCCUCCCGCUGUCCAGCAAUUCGGCUGCUGCGUGCGCCGUGCUUCACCAUCGCAACUCGCUCGAGCCUCGAAGUGAGAAAGGAGAAGGAGAAGAAAAACGGAAAGGAGAACCCCAAUCGUUAACUUUGCAGGCUAGCAUGGAGCUUCGUCUCGCCGACUUUGCAGCCCCAACCCCAAUCGUCGCCUCGCGCCCUCGCCUCCCCGUCUCCGAUUAUCCAUCAUCCGCCCCACCGCCGACUUUGGAGCUUCGUCGUUGA